ACAACGUCUUGGGAGGUGUUAUUGCAGCCAAAUAGGAGAUUGUGACUGUGAGCACUGCGCGCUGAACUAAAGUUCCGUUACGAGGAGCAAAAUCAAAAGCCGUUAACAAUGGCGAUUUCCGGCGAUCUAAGUGUCUCAGCAACUCUUCGUCUCCAUCGUGCUCACUCACACUCACACCCAUUUCGAACCUGCUCUUUCCCUUCCCCAAAGGUAGACCUUCAGUGUUUCUUGAAUGGGGCAUCUAGCAUUUCUGAAUUCUCCCCAAAAUGUCCGAGUCUGACAAUUUUACGAUGCAAUACGCGUGGCUAUGGCAAGCUUGUUUCUGGAGUCCUUGGGGAUCCUAAAUUUUCGGCAAAGUCAGUUAGCCAAGAAGCCGAGAACUUUCUCCUUGAUGCGGUUAAUAUGAGCUUCUUUGAGCGUUUAAAUUUGGCUUGGAAGAUAAUUUUUCCGUCAGCCGUAUCUAGAAACAGCUCCAAUGCUAGGAUUGCCAAGCAACGCCUGAAGAUGAUUUUGUUCUCUGAUCGAUGUGCAGUUAGUGAUGAGGCAAAGCGAAAAAUUGUUAGCAACGUUGUGCGUGCUCUAUCAGAUUUUGUGGAAAUAGAAUCACAGGAUAAAGUUCAGCUGAGUGUCUCUGCUGAUACAGAUCUUGGAACUAUUUACUCUGUCACAGUGCCUGUAAGGCGGGUUAAGCCAGAAUAUCAAGAUGUGGAUGAAAUUGGGACAAUAACUAAUGUUGAGUAUAAGGACACUGGAGACAGUUCUGGUUCUGUUGAUGUUAGAUUUAAUUUCUUUGUUCCGGAUGAAAGGUCUUGAAUCUUGAUUUCUUUGUCAAAAGUUUGUGUUUGAAGCUCUUACCAGUGAAGCCAAUUUGCUGCGCUGUAUAUAUUUGAAAAUUGAAGCUUACAUUAGGGUGACUCUAGAUUUUGAUGAGAAAUUUUGUACCACCUUUAUCUGUUACUCUGUUAGUUUGAUUUGAUGUUCCGUUGAACAAAAUGUGGUAUGCUGUCUGUUCUUAACAGUUAUGAUAGGUUUUUGUUUCUUGAGUAUAUGAAUUUUUUUUUUUU